AUGGGCCGCCGCAACAGGUUGGGCGCGCAGACCCGAGUACCCAGGCUCUACGGCCAGCAUGUUGUGUACAGUGCGUCGCGGGUCUUGUUGGAUCUCAUGCCGGUGAAUGUGGGACAGGCGCUCAAUGGGACUACAAGUGGCGGAUAUACCAAUGCAGCUACUGAACAGCAUUUUGUUCUGCUAUUGGAGUUGACCAAGUUGGCCCGUGAAAAGGCAAGGAAUCUACGAGUACUGAUUCCUGAAUAUGACCUUGCACCUCAUGGACUGUAUCCGACCCAGCUACGACAGGGUGUUGCAUCAUUGAGAUACCUGUUGGACAGGGGACUACAGCCUUCGCAGAUCAUUCUUGGAGGUGACUCGGCAGGUGGAAACCUGCUGGGCGCGCUUCUUCUCCAUCUAUCUCAUCCGCACUCAGAGGUGCCAGUCUUAUUACUGAAAGGACAUCUCAACGGCGCAAUCUUUAUGUCUCCCUGGAUUACUUUUCAAACGAACUCACCAUCGUUUAGACGUAAUCAGACGAGAGAUAUCGUGGGCCCUAGAGCACUGACGACUUGGUCUAAAGCGUUCUUGGGCGGUCACACGCGCGAUAACUACAAUCAUCCCAUCGAUGCACCUGCAGAUUGGUGGAAUGGGGUCAAAGCAGAGAAGAUGGCGUUUGUCGCUGGGGCUCAUGAAGUGUUUGUGGACGAUAUUCGCACGAUGAUGGAGAAAGUGAAAGUUCAUAAUCCAAGCCUUGAGUAUCUCGAGGCAGCGGAUGAAGCUCACGAUGCAGCUAUCGUGGAUCGGGCAUAUGGGUUGAAUCAUGAGCUGACGUCGGAUAAGUUUAUCCAGGCGUGGAUCUUGGAGAGGCUUUCAUGA